AUGUCCAGGCAACCAAACUCCGAUGUCGACCCUCCGGCAGGCCUAGUUUCUAAUUUCUUUGAAAAACUGGCUCACGGUUUCAACAAUGCCUUCUCUCGACAGGCGGAAAACGAAACCCCGCAGCGUGGCAGUGAAGCUAGCAGUUCCCGUAUGUCGUGCAGAUGCCAUCUCGCGGAAGAAAUGGCCUGGGUCCUAGAAAUAAAAUUCGCCUCGGAUCUGGAUGUUCCAAGGGACACCACGCCAGAGUGGAGAGCCUUCCUCCAGGUCAAUGCUCACGAUGUGCCGAAACUGAUGAGGGAGGGCUUCUACUGGAGCGAAGCCAAUGUCGAUCAGGAGAGGGGAGAGUAUGCGUGCUAUCCCCACGAGGAAAACUCAAGCCUCCAAAGGUUCUGCCGCACCUACCACCUCGACGACCUGCAAGAUGAUCCGCAAUGGGUGGCUGAGCUCAUAGUACACUCUCACGAGCUUCGCGUGCUCUCCGAGUUUAGGAUACGGAAUCUCAAAAUCGAGGAUACCCUCUCGGCGGUAGCCUAUCGCACUCACGACCACUGGGUGUACUACUAUCACGUCAAUGCACCAUGGCAGUGUAUAAAUGCCAUCUACGACGAUAUGCCGCUGAAGGGCUGGUGGCCCUGGCCAAAGGAAUUAAAGGCAGAGGCCGAGACAGAAGACGAGAUAGAGAACGAAGUUGAGGAGGAAGCAGAAGAUGAGGCUGAAGACGAAGCCGAAGCCGAAGCAGAGAAUGAAGCAGAGGACGAAGCUCAAGUCUAG